AUGGCUGUAGUGCCGACUCUUCGCACGGAGAAGGAAGCCUCUUUGAACGAGAAGAAGUCCGGCGACAGCGUCAAGGUUGUUUCGUCCAUCGACGAUGAGAGGGGACCUCUCGAUGAGAAGCAGCUAUCAUCGCUAGAUAUCUCAGAAAUUGGGGACGUCUAUGCUGAUGGUCCGCGACUCAUCGAUCUUGGCGCAGAUGGCAAGGAAAGGCCUAUCGAAACUGACUCGGACUAUGCCCUCCGUCUGCUCUCCUUAGAGGAUGACCCGACAUUGCCAAUCUUUACGUUCAGAAUGUGGUUCCUUUCCCUUGGUCUGUCGUGUUUCGGUGCUGUCCUGGGGCAAAUCUUUUACUUCCGUCCUCAGACCAUAUACGUGAGCUCGCUGUUCUUGCAAAUCAUCUCGUAUAUUCUUGGCCGGUUCAUGGAACAGACCAUACCUGGACCAGGAACUACUCUCUGGCGUUUUGGUGUCCUUCCAAAUAACUGGUUCUGGCGGUUCCUGAACCCUGGCAAAUUUAACAUUAAAGAACAUGUGGCGAUUACUAUAAUGUCUUCGACAGCCUCUGACAGUGCUCUAGCCAUCAGUAUCUUCGCUGCACAAGACCUGUACUACAACGUCCGGCCCAAUGCUGCUGUAGGAAUCUUUACUCUUAUCGGUUCGCAGCUAAUCGGAUACGGCAUGGCGGGGAUUAUGCGGAUGUUUCUUGUGUAUCCCACGUUUGCCAUCUAUCCCAUGGUCAUUCCGACUGCUCAGCUGUUCGAUAAGAAGAGACUGCGGUUCUUCUGGCUUGUAUUCCUCGGGAUAUUCGUAUGGGAGUGGUUCCCUGAGUAUAUCGCUCCAACACUGACCGGAGAUAGUGCAUGGGUCACCCGUAUAUUCGGAGGCGCAGCAGGUAACGAGGGCCUUGGGGCUUUCUCGUGUGCUUUGACUGGGUGUAUGUUGGGUCGGGUGGAGGUGCUAUCGGGUCACUCUUUACGCCCCUUAUCUACGCAGCUCUCACUGUACGCGGGAUGUGCAGUUACUGUUUUCGAGAACGGGACGGAAUAUGACCAAAAGCUUCAAGCUGUUGGUCUUCCGUGGUAUGCGGCGUCUCAACUCUUGUACAAAGUUAGCCGGACGAUGUAUAUCGGAGCCGCCGUCACUCAUUUCUUCCUGUGGCACUUUAAGACCCUCUACAAGAUCAUACAAGAUUCUUCUACCAACGAAUGCAACGAUCCGCACUAUCGCAGGAUGAAGAUUUACAAGGAAAUGUCGAACUGGUGGUAUCUAGCCAUCUUCGUCGCAUGUUUUGGCAUGGCCAUUGGCACGACUUAUGGUGCUGAUUCUGGCUUGCCGUGGUGGGGAACGAUCGUGGCAUUGAUUUUCGGGUGGAUAUUCGUGCCUAUUAUUGGGACGUUGUACUGCACCGUCGGGUAUGCCCCUUCUAUUGAGAACAUGGUGCAAAUGCUCGGAGGUGCCAUUAUUCCUGGAAAGCCUGUGGCUAAUAUGUAUUUCACUUUAUACGGGUAUAAUUGUGUUACCCAGGCAAACAACCUGAUGAGAGAUUUGAAGCUCGGCCAAUACACGAAACUCCCUCCCCGCGUCACGUUCGCAGUGCAAACGAUUGGCAGCGGCUCCAAUAUCUGGUCGGGUCAACAGGUUCAAUCGUAUAACAGCGACGCUAUUGCUUGGGGUGCCCUGGGUAAACCGCUGUACGCGACGGGAACGAGAUACGGAUUUGUGCCAUACAUGCUCUUAGCCGGUCUCGGAUUUCCCAUCCCAUUCUGUUCGGAUUCGACAAAGUUUUUCACCCCUAUUUUUGUCGCUGAGUUGGGAUACCUAAGUGUGGGCAUCAACUCGAGCGUCUUUACCUCCUUUGUUCUCGCGGUGAAAUACCACGCGACGUGGUUCAGGAAGUAUAACUUCCUGAUGAGUGCUGCGCUCGAUGGAGGAACGGCUAUUAUGAUAUUCGUAUGGACAUUCGCUGUUGGUGGCGCUGGUGGAAAGACUGUAGCUUUCCCAACGUGGGCUUUGAAUCCUACUGGCAACCCAGAUCACUGUAAACGUCUGACUGAUUGA